UCUGGGCAAGGUUUUAUUUGGGACCUUCUAGACUCGUGAUCAUUAGGGUGAUUUGCUUGGGCCUCAUUAUCAAAGGAAGCACCUCGGUUACAAGUGGGAAUAAGGUAUUUGAAAUUGGUGCUGGAUGUUAUCUCAUUUGUGGAAUACUUGAGUAGAAAAUCUAUCCUCCUGGUUUCUGUAAAAUUUAGCAGUAAAAGGGUCUUCACAAGUCCCAGGAUUCUCUGUUGAGUCGGGCUGAAAGAAGAGAACUAUCAUGGAUCAUGAUUGUAAAUUGCAUAAGCACCUCUGUGGUUUUGGUGGCAGUGGAAAACCUGUGGCGCGCUGGAGUGAAGGCCAUUGGCAGGGAAGGGAAGCAUAGACAUUGAAUGAAACACACAGAAGCAACGGCUCUCGAUGCGCAAGUUCUACAACCCCUCUGUAUCCCAUUCAUCCUCCUUGACCUUGAGCCGUCGUGCUUCUCCGAAUCCCAGGUUUCUUCUUCUCAUCGUCCAUUUGAAAAAUUCCUUUUCAUCAUCAUCAUCAUCAUCUUCUUCUUCUUCACAUUCUUCCCUUGUUCCUACCCACGAACAUGUUUCUCAUCUUAUACUGGAGCAAAAAUCUGCCUCCCAGGCUCUGCAAACUUUCAAGUGGGCCGCUGAACUCCCUCAGUUUGCCCACUCGCAAUCCACCUACCGUGCCUUGAUUUAUAAGCUCUGCACUUUCCGUCGUUUCGAUACCGUCAAGCAACUGCUCGAUGAAAUGCCUCACUCGGUUGGUUCUCCCCCUGGCGAGGAUAUAUUUAUCACCAUUAUUCGUGGCCUCGGGCGCGCAAGAAUGAUUCGGCAGCUCAUUAAAAUUGUUGGUUUGGUUUAUAGGUUCCAUAGCAAGCCAUCAUUGAAGAUUUUCAAUUCGAUACUGGAUGUUCUCGUGAAGGAGGAUAUCGACAUAGCUAGGGAGUUUUAUCGGAAGAAUAUGAUGGGAAGUGGUAUUGAAGGUGAUUAUUAUACUUUCGGGAUUUUAAUGAAAGGGCUUUGCUUCACCAACAGAAUUAGUGAGUGUUUUAAGCUGUUGCAGUUGAUGAAAUCUCGGGGAAUCAUACCAAACACCGUGAUUUAUAACACUUUAAUCCAUGCACUUUGCAGGAAUGGCAAAGUUGGGAGAGCUAGAAGCUUGAUGAAUGAAAUGGAGGAGCCCAACGAUGUAACAUAUAACAUACUGAUUUCUGGAUAUUGUAAAGAAGAGAAUCUAAUUCAAGCUCUUGUGCUACUAGAGAAGAGCUUUGGUAUGGGUUUUGUGCCUGAUGUUGUUACAACAACUAAGGUUGUGGAAAUUCUGUGCAAUGUUGGGCGUGUGACGGAGGCUGUUGAGGUUUUAGAGAGAGUUGAGGGCAUGGGAGGUGCAGUGGAUGUAGUGGCUUAUAACACUCUAAUAAAGGGCUUUUGUAAGGUGGGAAAAGCAAAAGUUGGGCUUCAUUUCUUGAAGCAGAUGGAGAAUAAAGGUAUCCUUCCAAAUGUGGAUACCUAUAAUGUUCUGAUAUCUGGUUUUCUUGAGUCUAGGAUGUUAGAUGUGGCUUUCAAUCUUUUUAAUGAUAUGAAAACAGAUGGGUUAGGAUGGAACUUCGUUACCUUUGACACAAUGAUUAGAGGGUUGUGUUCAGAAGGAAGGUUUGAAGAUGGUAUAAUGAUUUUGGAACUAAUGGAAGACAGCAACGAGGGAUCUAGAGGGCGUAUCAGUCCUUAUAACAGCAUAAUAUAUGGUCUAUUUAAGCAUAAUCGUUCAAAUGAGGCAUUUGAAUUUCUAAGAAUGAUGGGAAAAUUGUUUCCUAGAGCUGUUAAUAGAAGCUUGGAGAUUUUUAGAUGCUGCAAGGAGAGGGCUGUUGAAGAUGCAAAGAAGGUAUAUGACCAAAUGAUUAAAGAAGGCGGGGUUCCAAGUAUUCUCGUUUAUGACUGCCUUGUUCGAGAAUUUUCCCGAGAAGGUUGUGUACGCGAAGCAAUCGAGUUGAUGAAUGAAAUGGUUGCUAAUAAUUGUUUUCCAGUACCAUCCACCUCCAAUGCUAUCAUCACCGGUUUUUGUAGUCAGGGAAAAGCUGAUAGUGCCCUGAAGUUCAUGGAAGACAUUGUUACAAGAGGAUUUGUACCGAACAGAGAAACUUAUGGUCCUCUGAUUGAUAUCUUCUGUGAGAAGGGGGAACUCCAGAAAGCCUUACACCUCCUUGUAGAAAUGAUAGAUAAGGGCAUUAUUCCUGAUUAUUGCAUUUGGAAUUCUAUGCUAUUUUGUAUUAGCCAAGAAAAAUAUUUCGAGGAUAAGAAUCCGUUCAAUUUAGAUCACCUUAUCUGGCAGAUUGUGGAGAUCUAAAAUUGUAUCCAAUGGUAUUUUCACUAUACUAUUGUAA